AUGGCGGGAAAAUUUCUCGAUGCAACGUUCCUCUACCCUCUCAAGGGAAUCUUCUAUUUUGCCACACAUCCGUACCUCUACACCCUCUUCAAAGCUCGUCUGAUACCCAUACUCCUCCUUUCUGCCUUCAUUUACGUCAACUUAUUCAUUUGGACUUAUUUGCCGCAAGUUGCGCUUCUCGCAGCAUUCCACCACGCAGGAGCAUGGGUAAAUGCAGCGUUCCUUGUCUUGUCGGAGGGUGCUGCGAUCGUUGCCUUACUUUUCGAAGCCUUCCUCGUGGAUGAAACUUUGGUCGAUGUGUUUGAUGCCGUGCUCAUCGACCAAGGGCUCUCCGAUCUAGUUCAAGAAGGUCGGCUGCUCGAUACCACCGCCCCGAACUCGGUCAAAAUGCUUGGGAAACCCACAGUCUCGUCCGUGUACAGUCCCUUUAGUCUACGUCAAAUCGUAGAAUUCGUCAUCCUUAUUCCGGUCAACUUAAUCCCUGUGGUUGGCGUUCCAAUCUUCCUUAUUCUCACCGGAUAUCGAGCUGGGCCAUUCCACAGCUGGAGGUAUUUCAAGCUCCUUGGCUUUUCCAACAAGGAUCGCAAUGAAUACAUCGAGAAGCGGAAACUUAAGUACAUGUGGUUCGGCAUAGUUGCACUAUCACUGCAGUUGAUACCUGUCUUGAGCAUGUUCUUUCUCCUCACUACUGCUGCCGGCAGUGCCUUGUGGACCGCGAAAAUGGAAAAGGCUCGUCGAAGUCGGGAGUCAACCGCGUCGGCUCCACAUGAGCGGUACAGAGAUGAUGCAGUCUAG